AUGUUCCCAUAUACAUCUGCUAAUGAAAAUGGACUUUGCAUGUAUGGGAUGACAACUAUCAGUAAGGAAUUAAACCGGAGUUGUUCCAAUCAAAACUACACACCUGGAACGAUUGAUUGGUCUCCUAUUAUUUGGGUGAAUCGAAGCUUGCCUUUAUGGGGAUUACAGGUUUCUGUGGCUUUAAUAAGUCUCUUUGAAACUCUGCUGCUGAGUUAUCUAAGCUACAAGGGAAAUAUCUGGGAACAAAUUCUGAGAAUAUCCUUUCUCCUGGAAAUAAUUAAUGCUGUCCCUUUCAUCAUCACGAUUUUCUGGCCAGUCCUAAGAAACCUGUUUAUUCCUGUAUUUUUAAAUUGUUGGCUGGCAAAGCAUGCUUUAGAGAAUAUGAUUAAUGAUCUUCACAGAGCCAUCCAACGCACACAGUCUGCAAUGUUUAACCAAGUCCUCAUUUUAAUAUCUACCUUAUUAUGUCUUAUCUUCACUUGUAUUUGUGGAAUUCAGCAUCUGGAACGAGCAGGAAACAGGUUGACUCUCUUUGACUCCCUUUAUUUCUGCAUAGUGACAUUUUCCACUGUGGGCUUUGGGGAUGUUACACCCAAGAUAUGGCCUUCAAAGCUGCUUGUUGUCAUUAUGAUCUGUGUUGCUCUUGUGGUGUUGCCUAUACAGUUUGAACAGCUGGCAUAUUUGUGGAUGGAGAGACAAAAGUCUGGUGGUAACUACAGUCGACACAGAGCUCAGACAGAAAAACACGUUGUGCUGUGUGUUAGCUCUCUGAAGAUUGACUUACUUAUGGAUUUCUUAAAUGAAUUCUAUGCUCACCCCAGAUUGCAGGACUAUUACGUCGUUAUUUUGUGUCCUACUGAGAUGGAUGCUCAGGUCCGAAGGGUGUUACAAAUCCCAAUGUGGUCCCAAAGAGUUAUCUAUCUGCAAGGCUCAGCACUAAAAGAUCAAGACCUAUUGAGAGCUAAAAUGGAUGAUGCUGAAGCUUGUUUCAUUCUGAGUAGCCGCUGUGAGGUGGACCGGACAGCAGCUGUAAGUUUUGAAGAAGUAACUAAGAAUGAAUGUGCAUGCUGUUUAUACUGUUACUGCCCUUAUUCUCUCUCAGGGACUGAGACUUCUUCUGCGACUACAAGAUUAAAAUUAGCUGAUUUAGACAGAGAUUUUGCAUGUGGGAUGAACUACUUGUCUCAGUUAAGAUAA